AUGCGGCCAACGGAAGGGGAUUCACAUCGUUUGACGAUAGACCCGUUGCAUGUUCCUUUAGGUCCAGGGCAGCCCUCAGCGCAGGGUACAUUGUCGCCCGACUCCAGUGCCGUGCGUGCACACGUAACCAGCCAACAGGAACAGUUGCCUUCCGGGGGAUCACAGGUGAACGAUUUAUUGCAUUAUCCCUACGGCGACAGUGAGAGUGAUCAUGCCUUUCUCCCGAGGAGGACGACGAAGAAGAGGAGUUCACUUCUAUUGGAAGCUCAGUACAAGAAGGUAGUGAGCAGCAGGGCUUCUUCCCCCCCGAGAAAUAUUGACUUUAAUGGGACUCCUCGUGAUGCGAAAGCAACUGACAAUGUGGAUGAUAUCACUUGUUUCCAAUAUAUUAUUGGCGAAGAUGAUAUGCCAGAGAAGAGCGGAGGCGACAAGAAGGAUGGGGACUGUCGGACACAGCCAAAAACCAGCUUAUCGCCUUCUUCACCUUCUCAGCCCUUUGACGGCGUCGCGGCGCUUGGACACCAUAUAGGGGGAUCCAAGGGCUUCGUGGUAGACAAGCAAGCCAACGCCGGGACCUCUGUUCCGUUUCGGAGGAGUAAUAGUAGUGAUGAUGAGACUUACGCAGUGUCUGACGAUAUUACAAAGGAUACCGGGGGAUAUCCCAUACGUGUUCUUAGGUGCAAAACGAUAAGUGAUCUGGACGACGACACGGUGAGUUUCAUGGCAUACUGGCAGUCGCUCCGCUCCCCGGCACUGUUAAAUGCUGUAAUGUUUGCCCUCCGCGGGACUUUCAUCGCGGUUCUGCCGACAUUCUGUCUCGUCUACCACCCAAGUACCGAGGGCUUUUUUACGGCAGGUGCACUGAUCCCAACGAUUGCCGCUCUUUUAAUGCAGGAGACACUCGGCCUUCAAGUCAUCUUUACCUUCAUGGGGAUUCAGGCUGUCGCACUCUUUAUGACGUGGGGGGUGAUAAUGAAUACACUUGGCGCAGUGCACAAUACAGCUGCCUGGUGGUGUGCUGUGGUAUUUGGCCCCAUGGUGCUGGCACUACUUGGCGAUGUGCGCAGCAAGCGAAUGAUGAUGAUGUACACUGUCAUCAUGAUGCAGACGGAGCACAUGCCAGGCGGUACGGAGUUGGUCUUCCCGUGCUUUUUCGCACGUGAUUUUAUCUUCGCUCUUCUCUUCUCUAUGCUAGCCGUGUUAUUGCCCUACCCCGUCUUGGCGGCGCGGCGGGCCGACGAAACACUCAAGCUAAUGUGGAAUCUACUUGGGGUGUCAGUUGUCAUCGCCACAAAGAGCCAGUGGGCUCCUGUAAAUAUUGAUGCCAAGUCAUCACUGGCACAAAUUCCAUUCUUGAAGAUGGCUGCACUUGCGGAUGUUUUCCAGCAGCUUCUGGUGCACGCAGGAUAUGAACCACUGGAAAAGAGACGUGAUCUGUAUCUCCGCUCACAGCGGUUAAAUGUCAUCUCCCGCGUUAAGGUUCACCUUUACACUAUGGCAGCAGCGGCAACGAAACAUGUCGAGGACAAGGUGCGUCUUCAUCGGAGUUCCGUGCUAAAGGAGUUAGAGCGCUGCCUCCGGUCCCCGGCGCAGGAACUUUCGCUGGUGCUUAAGGAUGCUUUUGAGGCAAUUGGUGCGGUGCUGUCCCCCGAGGAAACUGUAGCCGCUGUCGAUUACUCUUUGAUAUAUGAAAAAGCAAAGCGGCUGGCGGAUGAGAUGGAGAGGGUGCGAGUAAGCAUGAUUUAUACAAAGGACAUCACCCCUGAUGAGACAAACCAGGUUCUGUACACUUUAAUCUUUCAUCAUGGGCUGCUGGACAUUGUGGGCGAAAUUCAAACCUUUGAAGCGGCAAUGCGUAACUUUGACGAGUCAAAGAUUUUGUCCCUGCCGCGAUGCGCAUGGGAGUUUUUCUUGGAGAACUGGCGGGACUUUUGGGAGGAGUUACCCAAGCGUCUAACCCUCGCCACGCCGCGCGAUGUUCGCCUCUGGAAGGAUGCCAUCAAAUACUCACUUGCCUACGCCGUGGCGUGUGCCUUCACGCUUAACUUUGACCACAAUGAGGUAUACUUCUUUGGCAUGGCUAUUCUCAUUCGCCUUGCCCAGCAGACAGCGGCAGAGACGCUAACGAUUGGUGUGGCCCGCAUCUGCGGGCUGGCCAUCGGCGCCGCCUUAGCGUACAUCGCGAAAACCAAAACCAACGACUUUUUACAGCAGACAGUGUUGAUGAUGAUCGGUGUAUUCCUGUCAUUGACAUUCACAAGGCACCCAUUGUACGGCUCAGUGGCGCAGUACAUGAUCGUCGUUGCCCUAUCGGGACUGCGGCUCGCACAAAGUCCAGGACUCCUGUUGGGGCGCUUGGCCGAUAAUGUCUUUGCCUUCGUCUCAUACUUCGCGAUCUGUACCUUCGUUUUCCCAACAGACCCCAUUCGUGUCCUGUGGAACACGCGGAUCAAAAUUUUACUCAAUGUGAGUGACCUAACACAGCAGUUUGCAGUGAUUGGCUGUGCUCCAUUGACGCAAAGUGGUCAAGAGGGGGGUCCUCUCUUGGAGGAGGCAGCGAAGCUAAUGCAAAACCAGCGGGAGUUGCGACGAAAGUAUAGCGAUUGGUUGCCAAAAAUUAGAGGGGAGCCGACAAUACGCGGCAACGACUUACCGAUGGAGGCGUGUACCAGACUGCAGCGGCUGUUUGCGGAGCUCAGCUCCGUAGAGGAAGUGUUGCUGAUGGCACUAACGCGCCUUCACGCGCCUAGGGCUGAACCGCCUAUUCCAGUGCUUCUGGAUCUCAUGGAGGCCAUUCACCCGUUUAUUAUUGAUACCGCCAAAAUCACCCGUGGGGUUAUGCAAGAAAUGAUUGAUGCGACCGAAAAACCUAAGACGUGGACAAUGCAAUCUCUCCUCCACUAUUUGUGGAAGGCGGAUUGCGCCGUGCGCGGCAUCCAAGCCUUCACGGGGAAGGUGCAGCGUAACUUCCUGGCGGCCUUGCAGGAGCUGGGGCCUUCUGAGCGGCAACAUGUGAAUCAGUACGUGAACUCCUCCUUUGUGAAUGCACGAAUGCUGGCUAACAACACCUUCGACUCCCCUUCUUGUAAUGAAGAUGAUGAUGUGUGGAAGCGGGUUCAGGCGAUGAGUUUUCGUAUCAGUGGACAACAAGUGCUGCCACGGGAGGAUGGGCAGAUAUUCACUGCAAUCAUAAUUGUCUUUGCGCUCCAGCUUCACACUCUCGGACAACUUUUACCACCGAUGACAGCGAUCCAUGAAUACGAGAAGUCGCGCGUGACGUGA